AUGGAGCCCAACGGGACGGCGGCGGCGGGGGACAACGGGACGGCGGCGGCGGCGGCGGCGGGCGGCGGGGGAGCCCCCGGGAGCGGCCCCCUGCUCAUCCCCUCGGCCUUCGGGACGGUGCUGUCGGUGAUGUACGUGGCCGGGGUGGCCGGCAAUGUCUACACGCUGGUGGUGAUGUGCCACUCGGCGCGCUGCGCCGCCCCCAUGUACAGCUCCAUCGUCAGCCUGGCCCUGGCCGACCUGCUCUACCUCUCCACCAUCCCCUUCAUCGUCUGCACCUACCUGGCUCAGGACUGGUACUUCGGGGACCUGGGGUGCCGCAUCCUGCUCAGCCUGGACCUGCUCACCAUGCACGCCAGCAUUUUCACCCUCACCCUCAUGUGCACCGAGCGCUACCUGGCCGUCACCCGGCCCCUGGACACGCUCAAGCGGUCGCGGGGCUACCGGAAGGUGACGGCGGGGGCUGUGUGGUCGGUGUCGCUGCUGCUCACGCUGCCCAUGAUGCUGAUGGUCACGCUGACCGAGGGGGGCAAGGCGGAGGGCAAGGUGAAGAGGAUGUGCGCGCCCACCUGGAGCGUGGACGCCUACCGGACCUACCUGACCGUGCUCUUCAGCACCAGCAUCAUGGCCCCGGGCAUCAUCAUCGGCUUCCUCUACACGCGCCUGGCCAGGACCUACCUGGAGUCCCAGAGGAACCCCCCCCACAAGGAGAAGAGCAAGAGAUCCCCCCGGCAGAAGGUCCUCAUCAUGAUCUUCAGCAUCGUGCUGGUCUUCUGGGCCUGCUUCCUGCCCUUUUGGAUCUGGCAGCUGGUGCGCCUCUACAGCAGCUCCCUGCAGCUCACCACCCAAACGCAGAAGUGCAUUAACUACCUGGUGACCUGCCUGACCUACAGCAACAGCUGCAUCAACCCCUUCCUCUACACCCUGCUCACCAAAAACUACCGCGAGUACCUGCGCAACAGGCACCGCAACUUCUACAGGUUCACGUCGUCCUUCCGCAAGAGGGGCUCCAACCUGCAGUGCUCCUGGGGCCGCUCCAUGUCCUCCAGCAACCACUACGACUACAGCUCCGAGGGGCUGGCCAUGGCCACGCUGAAGGACAAGUGAGGAAGAGGAGGACGCUGCCAACGCACAGGACAGGCAGAGCGUCCGGCCAAGGUAGGGCUUUGGCACCCCCGAGCCCUGGAGGGUUCUAAGAACUCAUUCCUGGUGGGCUUUGGCACCCCCGAGCCCUGGAGGGUUCUAAGAACUCAUUCCUGGUGGGCUUUGGCACCCCCGAGCCCUGGAGGGUUCUAAGAACUCAUUCCUGGUGGGCUUUGGCACCCCCGAGCCCCGGAGGGUUCUAAGAACUCAUUCCUGGUGCUCUCUUCAGCGAGGGGUGAGAAGUGAAGCCGAGUGCUGCGAGAUGAGUCUGGAUUUCCCUCUGGCUGAGGGCUGGGGGGGGGGGUCCUGCCGUGGACCAGCAGCAGUUUGGGACAAAUCCUGCAGGGUUUGGGGUGCAGAAGAGGAGGUGAUGCUCCGUUCGGCUCUGCCACAAACUGUUCCCGUGCCUGGCUGAGUUUUGGCCCCGGCUCUGCACACCGCUUCUCUCGUGUGGUUUCUCAGUGCUGUCCUGGGGAUGCAGAUGGGUCAGAGCUGCAGAAAUCUGAAAUUGCCCUUUAUCACUUGGAGCUGCCAGCCUUGGGUUUGCCCUGUGUGUUAUCGUUGUCUACUUCUGGAGUGUGUAAAGAGACUUUUAAGCCCCUUUUCCUAUUUCCUGUUACAUUACGGUGCACUACUGUUCUGUCAAGCUUAAAGUCUCUGUUUUAAAAUUCAUUGCAGUAGCACUUUGAAUUCCAAGCAUUCAAAAAUCACCAGGUAAGCUGUCAGAAACCACAGGAUUACCUAAAAAAAAAACCCAAACCAAACCUCUUGUAAUUUUUUAAGGUUUCUACCUAAGGUGGUUUGAAUUUGCCACUGAUUUUUGUUCUUGAAAAAGUUGGUCCUUUUCUUAAAAGUCAACAGAGCUUGACAAACCUGAAAAUUUACCUUGGAAGAAAUAAUAAAAAAAAAUAUUUAUAAUCCUAUCACUCAGAGACCUGAGGCUCUAAGAAAAUGACUGAAUCCUCUAUCAUGGAAAUCAUUAUAAAAGAGACAAAUUUUUUCAUGACUGUUUUGCCUCAAUGUAUUCUGCUCAUUUUCUCCCUGCUUGGCAUCUCACAGUAAACCUUCCCCACAGAUCCUGGAGAUGCCUGUAAGCACUUAAACAAUUGUAAAGUGUCAGUUUUUAAAUAAAUGCUUAUUGAAAAUGGACCCUCCUCAGGUUUG